AUGUCCAUCGAGGCGUCCGCCCUCGCCCUGUACGGCGCUGUCAACGUCGGCGUCUACGCCUUCGGCGCCGCCUUCCUCGUAUCGCGCCACCGGCCUCUCGCCGAUCAGCGUCGCCAGCUCUCGUGGCUGCUCACGACAUUCGCGGCGCUCGUCGUCACGGUCGUCGGCAGUUACUACGCGUUCGGCGCUUGGUGGCAGGGCGUGUCCAGCGCGGUGGAGCUGUACCGCCCGAGCGACCCGAUGCAGUGGCUGCGUCCCAGCGGCGGCGGCGCACCCGAGGAGCCAGUCUCGCGCCAUUUGUGCCUCUUCUUCCUCGCCUACUGUGGCGUCGACUCGGUGCUGGGGGCGCUGCACUACCCAGAGCAGAUCGACGUCGGCUACUACCACCACGCCCUGUACUCAGUGCUGCUGUGCUACCUGCUCCACACGCGCCAGACGCUGCUGUUCGCCGUCUGCGGCGUCGAGGAGCUGCCGACGCUGCUCGUCGGAGGCAACCACCUACUGGGCGACGGCGGCAACCCGCGCUUCGGAGUCGGCGUCGUCUUUUUCCUCACCCGCGUCUCGUACCACUGCUGGAUCACCGCGCGCGCGCUCGACCGGCUCGAUCCGCUGCUGUACUGGGUGAGCAGUGUGCUCCUCAUCACGCACGUCGGCUGGUUCCAGUCGUACCUCGCCAAGGGCUCGCUGCCCUCGAAGCGGCAGAGCCGCGCCGCCGCGCGAGUCGCUACGGGUGGCUCGACCGGCAUGCAGGGCGGUGCAUCCGCCGGCCCGCUGCACGAGCGCGCGCUCUGGUCGAUGGCGACGCGCCACCUGCUCGUCUUUGUGGCGAUGCUGGUCGGGCAGGCGCUCCUCCACUCGACGCUCACCGCGCGCGUGCUCCGCGCCGCCAUGCAGCCGCCCGCGGCAGACGGCGAGCGGGGCGGCGAGUGGUGCCGCGCCGCGGCGUGGGCUGCGUAUGUGUGCGUGGGCAACCUGCUGGUCGUCGCGUACACGGUGCGCCGGCUGGCGCGUGCGCUGCGGGACGUCUACACGGCCAACUUCAUCAGCGACUCGCUCGUGGCGCGCCGGAUCAUCUACAACAUCUCGUGGGAGGACCCGGCCGUCGAGGUGGCGGAGCUGCGCCUCGGGCAGAGGGACGUCAUCCUCACCAUCGCCUCGGCGGGCUGCAACGUGCUGGACUACCUCAUCGAGAAGCCGGCCGGCAUCGUCGCCGCGGACCUCAACGAGGCGCAGCUCGCUCUCCUCGAUCUCAAGCUCGCCUCCCUCGCCGCCCUCGACCACGCCGCCUUCUUCGCUCUCUGGGCGCGCUCGGACGCCGCCGUCUUCGAGGCGAGCUACGGCCACCACUCGGGCCACCUCGGGUCAUCUCGGGCAAUCUCGGGCUUCGGCGCCCGCCUCCUCCGCCUCGCACUGCGAGGGUGCGGCGCCCUCGACGCGGUUGUGCGGGGCAUGCGGCGCGGGCAGGCGCCCGACCCUCGGGGGUGGGGGAUGCGCAUCUUCACGCUCUGCCUCUCCCAGAUGUGGCUGUGGCGCUUGCUCGCGCCCCUCGGCGGCGUGCCGACGUCGCAGAUCGACUUGCUGCGCCGCACACCGUCUGUCUGGAUCUCGCGGGUCUGCGAGGUCUUCGGCUCGCGCAUGUGGCGGGCCGACAACUACUUCUACUACGCGUACGCCGUCGGCCGCUGGGACCCGCACUGCUGCCCUCGCUACCUGCGACCAGAGCACUACGAGGCUCUACGCUCCUCCGCCCACCGCGUCGCCCUUCACCACGGCCCCCUCGCCUCCGCUGCGGCGAUCCGCGCCGACUUCACGGUGGGCGUGAUGUCUCGGAAGUGUCUCGGAGGUGACGAGCAGAUCGCGGAGCAGCUGGCGGCGCUGCUACCGCACAUGGCGCCGGCAGGGCGCCUCUUUUGGCGCUCCUUUGGCGUGGCGGUCCACUCGCCGGUGCUCGCGCAGCUGCGACCGACCCUCGUCCCGGAGCAAGACCGCGUCGGCUGGUACCUGAGCCAGUGGGUCGCCCGUGCGCACCCGCCCGACGCCCCCGUCGCGGACCCGGCGGAGCCGAGUGGCUUCCGCCGCUUCCUCUGCGUGGGCUCCGGCUACGCCCCCUCCAACACGCUCGUCGACGACGCCGCCGUUUGCCUCCAGCUCGCCCGCCACGCUUUGCGCACGAGCAAGGACGUCGCCGCCUUUUACCGCGAGCAGGGUCCCCGCUACGACGGCUUCCGCGAGGCGCUGCUGCCGGGGCGCGAGCGGCUGAUGCGGUUCGGGCUGCCUUGGCAGCGGCGCCCCGCCGCGUGGCUGUCGGUCGGGUGCGGCACCGCGCGCGACCUCGAGUACGUGCUGGGCCAUGUGAGGGAGUGCGGCACGCGGCUGUGGCUGCUCGACCUCUCGCCGGAGCUGCUCGCCGUCGCCCAGCAGCGGGUCGACAGGCUCGGCCUCGCGCACCAAGUCACACUCCUCGUGGGCGACGUCAACGACGAGACGCUUCCGGGCCCGCCACCGCCCUCCCUCCUCCCCCUUGCCCCCCCUCCCCACCCGCCCCUCGCGUCUCGAACCUCCCCCCCCGCCCCCCCCCCUUCCCUGCCACCCGCCCCCCUGCCCCCAACCCCCUGCCCCUCUCCCCCGUUUCGGCGCCGACUCCCGCCACGCGGCUCGCUCGACCUGGUCUCUUGCUCCUACUGCCUCAGCAUGAUCCCGCGCUGGCGCACGGCCCUCUCCGCCAUGGUGCGUGCGUUGCGGGUCGGCGGCCAGCUCGCGCUCGUGGACUUCACCUGCCGCUCCGACGCGCCCAACCACUGGUCGCAAAAGCUCAACCAGUGGUGGUUUGCCAACGACGGCGUCUUUCUGAGCCGGGAGCACACAGCCGCGCUGCAGCAGCACGGCGCUCUGCGGACCCUCUGGUUCCACGAGAGCGAGCGGCGGGUCGUCUACACGCCGCUGCACGCAACGACGUACCUCUACGUCGGGCUCAAGGUGUCGGACGUGGAGUUUGAUUGGUCGAGCCGCGACAGCAAGCGGCGGCGGCGGCGGCGGCACGAGAGCGAGGACUCUCGCUCAGACAGCUCGAGCGAAUCGGACCGCCGGCGCCGGCGCAAGCGCAAGCACUCGCGCCGCGACUCGGACUCCGACGGCAGCGACGCCGACGAGAGGCGCGACCGGAAGCACCGCUCGUCGGACAAAAAGCGGCGGAAGCAUUCGGACCGACGGCGGAAGCGGAAGCACCGCGGCGGCGAGAGCGAUGAGUCCGACGGCAGCAACGGCAGCGACGCCAAGCGCCGCCGAUCCCUGUCUCGGGGCGGCAGCAGCGAGAGCGAGCGGCCGCGCGAUGACAAGGGCCCGAGCCGCAGCAAGCACGAGGCCGGGCGGGGGCGGGAGGAGACCACGUCGCGCGGCCGCGACAAGAAGGGGGCCAAGGCGGGCGCUCUCUCCCCGGAGGGAGGCGACGCCGAGCGCGAGAGCACCCGCUGGGAGCGGGAGAAGAAGCGGCAGGCGCGCUCCCCCCCCCCCCCCCCCUUCUUCUCCUCCUCCUCCCUCCUCCCUCCAACGCCCCUCUCGUGCGCGAAGGAGGCGGAGGCGGCGCGGGUGGCGCUCGAGGAGAAGGCCACCUACCACCACCACGCGUGGCUCGAGCGCGUCGCGCUCUCGGCGGCGCAGGAAAAGGGGAAGGAGGCGCACGCCGCAAUCGACGACGAGUCCAUCGAACUGCAGGACGAGGCGGAGGAGGCUGCGGACAAGCCGCCCGCGGCGGCGGAGGCCGACGGCGGCGCGCCACUCCCGCCGCCGCCGGCGCCAAAGCCGACGUCCGCUCUCGCAAAGUCGAUCGCAGAGGGAUGGGAGGGUUCGCGCGCGGGAGAGCUCAAGGGGCCGGAUGCGGUCGACUCCAGCACAAAGCCGUACUUCGUCGAGGGCAUCAUCGACCUCAUCUCGGUCGACCUCUCCGAGCCCUACUCCAUCUUUACGUACCGCUACUUUAUCAACCAGGCGUGGCGCCGCAUCCGCCAGCCCACACCGCCGCCGUGGCCUCAGCUCUGCUUUGUGGCGCUCGCGCCCUGCGCCGCCGAGGGCGGAGCCGCGGGCGAGGCGCCGGGCGGCGAGGAGGUCGUCGGCGUCAUUGUGUGCAAGCAGGACGUGCACCGCAGCGGGCGGACGCGCGGCUACAUCGCGAUGCUGGCGGUGCACCACUCGAUGCGCAAGCGAGGCAUGGGCUCGCGCCUCGUCAGCUCCGCCGUCCUCGCCAUGCGGCAGGGCGCGCGCGCGCGCACACACACACUGCACACUCCGCACACCACGCACCGGACCUGCUUUGGCCACGCCCUCCGCACGCCUCUCGCGCAUUUGGCCGAGCUCUUCCGCGGCGGUUGCGACGAGGCUGUCCUCGAGACAGAGGCGACCAACAUUGGCGAACCCCCGCGCUGCGACCCAACACACCGGCCGCUGUCCGGGACAUGCGCCCUGCGGCUGUACGACGGGCUCGGCUUUGUGCGCGACAAGCGGCUGCACAAGUACUACCUCAACGGCGCGCGCGGCAGAGUCCCCGAGACUACGCGAGAUCGCCUGUGUAACGACGCCUACCGGCUCAAGGUGUGGUUCAAUAGCCCGGCGGAGCAGGCGGACAAACGGGCGGCGGCGGAGCAUGCAGCGGAGCCUGGGCACGAGGCAGCCCCUACCGAGGCGCCAGCGAUAGCGGCGAUAUAA